AUAAUUGCGAAAUAAUAGAUGCGUGGCCUCACACCACAGAGAAUGAAGACACUUGAUUAAAUAUUUGUCUUUAUUUUUUAUUUUUAUAUUCAUUUAAUGAAAUAACAAAUAGAUCUGAAGUUAUUGUAGCAAUAAAGAGAAGAGCGAUUUUAGAAGAGUUUGUUUGGUGCUAAUCAAAUGAGUUAACCUGUUGAGGACAAGCCAGCAAAUUCCAAGGUUCCAAUGUUGUCAAAUGAAAACUUUGUAUAAAUUUAUGUGAAAUGCACUAUCACUCCAGAAGUAUCAUUAUUAUAGUAGAGUUAGUUUGUGGCCUAGAAGGAAUUGAGAGAAGACAAUGUGGACAAUGAAAUUGACAUAGUGUUCGACGAUGUGAUAGGUAACAUUUCUUAUAAGAAAAUAUAGAAAAUGAGGAAUUGGGAAUGAAAAAGGAGUAUAAUGUAUUUGUUGAAAGGCAAUUGGUCCAACAGAUUAAAUUGUUAAAAUAGAAUUACAUAGAGAAGCAGGAUUUGAUCAAAGUAAUCUAUAAAUUUAGAUUAAGAUGCCUGUAUGUGGAUCAAAUGGCAUAAGAUUGCCAGAAGAACAAGAUUUGCUACUCUAUUUCGAAUUCUUUAAAAUAAGGGAGAAUUCGACUGAAUGUUAAUUGCUACUUCAAUCGCAGGAUUUGAAAUCAUUAUAUGGACUAUUGAUUUGUGGAUGUCUAUUUAGUGAUGAAAUUGCAUAAGAUCUCACCUUUAAAUUCUUAACCAAAAAACCCACCUUAGAAAUCAUAAUGAAAUUGCUAUUAGUAACAGUCCACUAUGAAUCCAAGUAUCAGAUGUAUAUGUACAAGUAAGUGUCUCAUUUAUUCUUAGAUUAGUAAAAUAAAUCCUCUACUUUUACAACGGGAUCCUUAAGGAAAUCACAGAUCCACUAUUAAAUGAUGUGAUACAGAAUCUAAAACAAUUAUCCAUAGAAAAACCCAAUAUCAUUAGAGUCAAUACUAAGGGUUUUUCGUUGAAAAUAAAUACAACAUUCCUCUACCCAUUAUAUAAAUAAUAUGAGAAGGAGAGAGCCGCAGUAUUCAAGCCAAUCAAUGAGUAUACUCAAUUUCAAGUAUUGCGAAAUGCUGACAUUCCAGAUCAAACUGAAGAUUCAGAAUAUCCACAUAUCUACAUAAUAAAAAAACAGAGUGAUUAAUAACAGUAUCUCUAUGGAGUUCAAUUGGAAGCACAUGCAGAAAUAUAGAUAUAUGAUAACAAAUGUGAAAAAUACUAGAAAUAUAAUGAUUCAUAUUUAGGAUGUGUAGAAAGGAACAUUUGGGGCACUUCCAUGGUUGUCUAUGAUGAUGGGUACCCAGAGUCUGCCUAAUUGCAAUUUCCUGAUUGGAUCGGUUAGAAGAGGAGGAGAUUGAUGAAAAUAGAGUACGAGACUAAUAUCAUGGCAAAUGAACCGAGAUAUUUUGACACUGUGUUUCUCAACCUAGAUACAAAACAAUGGGAAGGUAAUUUGAUGGAAUUAUCAUUUUAUUAGAAUUAAUUACAUUAAGACCACAUUACAAUUAGGAGAAGGAUUGCUAUUAGCUGAAUUUCUUUGGGUAAUGUUAAAUGACUAUAUAAUUAGACGAGCCAAAAUUGCUUCUGCUCGUAAUUUCUAAUUAAUCAAAGCUGGAGAUGAUAAAACAAUCCAACUAUUGCAUGGAAAGAUGGAGGCCAAUUCUUUCAAUUUGGAUUUCAGACCUCCUCUCAGCAUCUUGUAAGCAUUUGCUAUAUCGAUGGUUUCUAUAAGUUCUAAAGCACUCGUGUCAUGAUUAUUAAAAGAAAUAUAAUAAAUCCCGC